AUAAAUUCUUAUGUGGAAAAACAAAUUAGCUGAAAAAGGCAAUCGGCAUUAUGGAGAAAUAGAUUUCUCUUAAUUUUAAACAACUACUGAAUGUGAUAAAACUAAAAAAGCAUUGGAUCCUAGCUCUAGUGUUUAUACAAUGAAUAUUAAAGGAAACAACAAAAAUACUUUAAAAAAUAUAAAAUCGAAAUCUCCUGAAGUUUUAAAGAUUUAUGAAUAUAAUACUGAAGUUAUUGAUAUAAAAUCGAAAUAUUUGAAAGCAAAAACAAUGAAUAUAAAUUCAUAAAUAUUAAGUAAAUAAUUUGAGAGUUUUAUGAAAUAAAAAAGAGAGUAGAAAUAAUAAUAAUAAUAAUGA